AUUUGUACAAAAAUCAUCCCAAAACAGAUCAGUAUCGAUCGAUCCAACCAGCUAGCUGCCUGCCCUCACUCACUCCACUAACAACUCUAAAUCCAAAUACUCGUCACUUGUUGAUAAUAACAAAAAAAUAAUACUCCCAGAGAUUCAAAAUGAAUUGGAAAUUAGUCGCAUUAAUUAUCGUGAUAAGUGCGGCCGCAAAUCCACUCUACUCGGAGAAAGAUAACUCGUCCCAUCCUUUCACUCCAGGAUUAAAUGAAAAGGAAAUUAUUACUCCAUCCUGGAUGAAGCAAGUGAACGGUCCAAAAUUACGGAUACUUGACUAUCCUGAAGGUCACGAGAGGUCACGCUACGACGCCUCACCGGUCAAGGGGUUCAGCUCCGUCGGAUUUUUCAUCGGGUUGCUGGCAUCUGCGAUAUACAUCAGGUUAAGGCGGAUUUCGAAAACGGAGUCCCCUCUGGAGAAGGACAUUUUGCGACGACAACUUCCUCGCGAUUUGGUGUACUUAGCGCUAAUCGGUUUCGGCGUGAUUUAUCUAGUCGAUUGCUUGUACGUAGGGAUUCAAGCCGCAAUUUUUGACACGUGGACUUUCGCCGAUAGAUUUUCUCUCCAAUUGGGUCCAGCUAAUGAAAAAGUGAAUUUCGACGUCGUAUUUUCCAUGAAAUGGAGGAACCUCCCUGCCACCCAAAGGGGACCAGAGGGGGCUCAUUUUGCCACAUUUUUAUCCAAUUUGUUAGAAGAUUUGGAUACUAAAGUGAAUAAUCUAGAGGCGAAAAAUAAUUCAUCCCAUAAGGAGUUGGACGUUUACCUGGCGUCGGUUCGUCUCUGGUUGUUAUCGCCCCCGUCGUCAGUGGGUGGUGAUCCGGAAGUGAGGUCAAAAUGGGUCAACUUCCUCAACGAAAUGGGAACAUUUCUGGAAGAACAAAGAAACCAAUACGGCAGCAUCGUUAAACAUGCAGCCAGGAAAUGAAGGAUGAAUUCUGUAACCAGUACAAAAACUAAAUUCCGGCUGGACAUAUUUUUAUACAAAUUUUGUAUCUAUUUAUGAAUUUC